UUAGCUUAGUCUUCUAACUGGACAGUGAGGCAGUUUAUGCAAUUACUGUAUGGAAAAAUCCCUUCUACUUUUCUCUACAUUCUAAAUGCCCCUGUGAGAUGCCAAAUAGUGAUGUUUUAACCAGGCUAAAAAUUAAAUAUUAUAGAGACUGUGAACCAUUCCAAUAAAAGAAAGUAGAUGCAUGAGACAUAUAUUCCCUGGACUUUCCACCUGCUGCCAGUUUAGCCACUGAUACACAGAGGGCAGCAGAAAAUAUACAAUAAAAAUAACCAAGAGCAACACACUGCAAAGAUUUAUACCUUACUCAGACGGCAAAAAUAAGGUCAAGUUGCCUUCACACUACUGAGCUACAGUCCUGGGGAACAUUUGUAGAACGAAUCUCAAUGGGUUUCAAUGACCUCCUGCUGAGUGUUGGUGGCUUGGGAAGGUUUCAGAUAAUCCAUACUACCAUGUUGUUAAUUCCGAUGCUCUUUAUGGGUUGCCAUAACUUUUUGCAAAACUUCAGUGCUGCUGUUCCUGCACACCGUUGUUGGGUACCCUCAUUGGACAACAAUACGAUGGGUUAUGACCAGGAUCAUCUGCCAGCAUUUAUUCCUAUGGAUGAAAGUGAAAAGCCCUUAAGCUGCUUACGUUACAGGAAAGCCCUGCAUAGUAUGUGGACAAAUGGUACUUCAACAAACCAUACAGAACCUUGUGAAGAUGGAUGGGUCUAUGAUAAGAGUGACUUCUCUUCCACCAUUGUCACAGAGUGGGACUUGGUCUGUAAACUUCGUAAAAUGAGGCAAAUAGCCCAGUCCAUCUACAUGGCAGGAGUGUUGGUGGGAGCUGUGCUGCUUGGAGGACUGUCCGACAGACUUGGAAGGAGGGCUCUCCUGAUUGGCUCAAACCUCGUAAUGGCUGUCUGUGGAACCUGUGCUGCUUUCCUUCCCAACUUUAUUACAUACUGCACAUUCCGAUGUCUCUGUGGGAUAGCAUUCUCAGGCAUCACUCUCAAUACCAACUCUCUGAUUCUUGAAUGGACACCGCCAAAGGGAAGAACUAUCAUGGGAACACUUUUCGCUGCUGGCUUUACCUGUGGUCAGAUUCUGUUAGCAGCACUGGCAUACGGCAUCAGAGAAUGGCGCUGGCUGCAAUUUGCUGUAUCUGCCCCAUUUUACUUUUUCUUCUUGUAUUCUUGGCUGGUCCCAGAAUCUGCACGUUGGCUUAUACUGAAGGGUCGAUCUCAUGAAGCUCUAAAAGCUCUACAAAGAGUAGCCAUAAUAAAUGGAAAAAGGGAGGAAGGACAAAAGUUAUCUGAGAUGAUACUUAUCUCUCACAUGCAAUCUGAGUUGAACCAAGUUAAACGUCCACACUCAUUAUUUGACUUGUUUCGCACUCCUGGAAUGCGUAAAGUGACAAUAUGCCUCAUGAUGGUAUGGUUUUCUUCAGGUGUUGCAUUUUAUGGGCUUGGUAUGGACCUUCAGAACUUUGGGAUCAGUAUAUUCCUGCUGCAGUUUACCUUUGGAGCCAUUGAUAUGCCUGCUAAAGUGGUUGCUGCACUGCUUAUGACAUACAUGGGACGCCGAGUGACACAAGCUACAGUACUGAUUUUAUCUGGGGUGGCACUGCUGACCAAUGCCUUUAUUCCUCAGGGAAUGAAGAUAUUACGUAUGGUCCUGGCUGUUUUUGGGAAAGGAUGCAUGGCAGCAUCUUUUGCUUGUGCCUACCUGUUCUCAGGAGAACUGUUUCCCACGGUGAUCAGACAGACUGGCAUGGGCGUUGUUGCAAUGAUGGCCCGAGUGGGCUCUGUGGUGGCUCCAUUGGUAUUGUUACUCUGGGAAAUCUCACCUAUCCUACCAUCUGCAAUUUAUGGCAUUGCUGCUAUAAUAGCAGGAGGUGCAGCCACAUUUCUCAUGGAAACCAACAACCAGCAGCUGCCAGAAAGUGUGGAAGAGGUGGAAGCCAGGUCACAAGGCAAACAUACCCUUAAAAAGGUUUUAAAGGAGGAGGUGCCUCUGAACCAGUGUGAGUCACAAAACAUGGCUCCCAAAGAGGAAAUGCCACUGAACCAAAGUCAGUCACACUCUGCACCACCCAAGCCACUUAUGGUGGACACAGUCUGAAACCAUUGACCUGUUAUUUUUUAUUGUGGUUUCUGAUAUGGACUGUCACUCAAGAACAACCGAAACAAAGAAUAUUCUGUUAUUUAUGUAAUGCUCAAUAACAUUUUAAGUUUGAUUCCAAGAACAAGAGAAUGGUGUUAAAUGGUA